AUAGCACUAACUUCCUGGCAGAGAUGAUUGGAAUAGAACACAUUGUAUUAUAUAUUUGUAUGCUACAAGUAAUCUUUAGACAUUUAACGGGAACACUAGCUGCGAAGGUUUCGAUAAAUCAAAACAUUACGGGACUUCUUGGGAGUAAUGAUACCCAUCUGACGUGCUCAUUCUUCCUUGAAAAGGGAGAACAGAUGUUGAGUGUACAAAUCAAUGCAAAAAACAUAACGGAAGAUUUUGAUAAUGUUACGAUGCCAAUAGCAAUAUUUAUCCCCUGGAAAACGGCAAAGCUACUCCCGCUAGGGACGUAUCUUUCUAGUAGAGUGACACUGACAAAUAUAACAACAACGUCAACGAACGCAACAAUGACAUUUCACAAACUGAAAUGCACAGAUGAAAAGGACUAUAUGUGUAAACUUUACUACAAUGACAAUGAUAGUGAUACAUCCAAUGUGACCAGGAUAUUAGUAAAAGCUUCUCCCUCAAUGCCGGAUGGUAUUUCAAGUUUCAUUGUUUCACCAAAGAAAACGGAGACAGAAGUAACCCCUACCUCAUAUAUCUUCCGUGAUUCCAACAAAACUUCAACGAGAACCAACCAAAAUAGCAGUGCAUCCUUUCCUGCACUUCUAAGUUAUUUAAAAGCUCUCACAAUCUUGGAAUCUCCAAUAUACAUUCGUGGAGGGGACAUAUUAAUGUUAACUUGUACAGGUAACAUUGGAAAACCUCCUGGUAAAUUAUUAUGGCAGAAGAUCUCUCUACAACAAAACAAGUCAAUAACAUAUGCCAAUAUAACAACGUAUGUAGAAGAAAUACCUGGUAGAUGUUCGUUCAAAGGCACAAGCAACCUGACAGUUCAAAUAUCUGCAGACGAUUUAAAAGUGAAAUUCCGCUGUUUUGAAGAAUCACAAGCCAAUGUAGCAGGAAUGUAUGUAGAAACUGAACCGUUUGAUGUACACUCGAACAAAUCACUGCCAACAGCAGAGCCGGAAUCACGGAAGAUUUUCUCAGUAAAUGGUGCAUAUGCAAUUCCAGUCUUUUAUGAAGUCGUUGUUCUUGUCCUGUGUUUCACUGUCAGGAAGCGAUAUAGUAAACGAGAAAAAAUGAAGUAACAUUUACUCUGAAAUAUCUGAUGACCAGGAAACUAUUUCUGUAGAUAACGAAUAUGAAGAAAUCGAAAGUGUCUUUUAUCACGAAGUUAACCUGCAUAAUGGCAAUAUUGAAACCAGCAAUCAACCAAUUACUGAAGAAGAAAUAGUUUUGGAAAAUAUACCUAUUUCAUCAUCUACAAGCAGCAGUGAAAGUAAUAUAACAUUGAGCCAUUUAUACGUAAACACGAAUAUUUUCAAUACAAAUGAAAACCGUAAAAUGUCUGCUAAUAAUGAAACUAUUUCUAAUAAUCAGAAUGGAUUGGGAAAUUGUAAUAUCGGGAUUGAUAAUACUUUUGUCAGUGACAAUUCUGGAAGUGAUACAAUUCAUGUUCACCAAUAUGUAAAUAUGUCUAGUCUCAGAGUUCCAAAUGUCUAUGAAGAUUUGAAUCAUACGACUGCUGACACACACAAAUACGAAAGUCUUAAGUGAUACGGAAAGAAAUACAACAUUUACAAAAGAAAAACUAAACGAAAAGAAAAAAAUACUUAAAGCAUACAGCUGUUCCUCAAAUCGCUUACUUCUUUUGCAGGCAAAUUUGUCUGAUUUAUUUUAUCAUUUUAAUAGAAAUUAAUACAUUAUUGUUACCUACAAUAUAAUGGGUUAAUGUAUGGCUGAAUCUUUAUACUAUUAUGAGUGUAAUUUUCUAUUUCUGUAGUCUUCUGCAAAAUGAGUAAUAAAAAAUAUUAUGACCUA